AUGGCCGACAAAUACGUCAUUCGAGUGACGGCUGGCUCCGACUACGACAUCGACCACCAUGUCGUUGUUCCAGUCAACUCUCAUGAGACCGUCAAGAUCAGCAAUGAUCUGAUCGAUGCCGACCUCAACGUUCGCGUGCAGAACUACCAUGGCCUGCCCAGAAAUUCCCCCACUACGUCUCCGUAUUUCUCACUCGAACCCCAUGCUUCUAGCAAGGAUCAAUACAGCUUGGCUAUGCGCCUCACUUUCAAGAAGCCCGCCCCCGGACGCCGCUCCAAGACCGCUACUGGCUCCGGAUCUAGAUCGUCCUCGAAGAGCAGUCGGUCUUCCAAGGCAUCACUUGGCGAGAAGACGUCGGGCAGCAAGAGUAAGGACUCGGGAGUAUCGCAGUCGGAUGCGCCCUCGCCAGCUGAAGAAGGCAGUGGCAUCUCAGGCCACGACCUUCAAUUUGGUAACGACUUCGACCACGCCAUUCGUGACCGUCUCCCACCAGGUUUCAGCUACGCCAUGAACAUCGUCAAAUGGUGGAUCGACCCCGGUCUCGAUGGUGAUGCAUAUGCCGACCAGCCAUACCUUUAUGGACCGGCUCUAUCGUCUUUCAACGCAGUUCACGUCGGUUCUGGAGAGGUUAGCGCAGAGAAAGGAGGUCUCUUCUUUGGCGAAGGCGGCGACGAGGAAGGCUUGAAGCAGCGACGAGCCAUCGGCGCCCCCGACAACGCAAAGGGCCGGAAGAAGUGGGCGCUGAACAACGCCAGCAAGGACAAGUGGGUGUACGAGUACGACCAGACUUAUUGUCUCGACUUCUUCAACCCGUACCUAGACUUCAGCGACUUCGCGCUACGCCUACCCGGGUUCACUAUGCCGAUCAUGAAGUACUGGGACGGCCAGGGCCUCAGAUACGUGCUUCGCAACCGCUCGACCAACGAGACGUACCUUGUCAUCCUGUUCACCCUGUACCUCAAGGAGGACGUCAACGAGGACGGCUCGCUCAAGCCGGCCGCUCUCGAGGCUACCCGCGAAGACAGGCAGAUGACCAAGGAUUCCGGCAAGUUGGUUGAGAGCGAGGACAAGGGUGAGAGCGGGAGCAAACAUGAUCAAGACUACGAGGAGGCGAGGAAGCAUUUCGAGGAGAUGGAGAUCAGUAACAAAGGAAAGGGAGGUUCCAAGCAGCAGGAGACGAACGAUGAUGAUGUGGACUGA